AUGCCUGCGCUUGUGGCUCCUAACCAAGUGAGUUUUGUAGUUGACCGUUCUAUUAUAGAUAACAUUUUGGUGACUCAGGAAGUGAUCCAUUCAAUACAAAUAGAUAGAAGGAAACCUAAGUGGAUGGCAAUAAAGGUCGACCUGGAGAAUGCGUACGAUCGUAUUCGUUGGGAAUUUCUUGAAGAAACUUUAAGAGGUGUUCGUCAAGAGGAUCCGUUAUCUCUUUACCUAUUUGUGCUAUGCAUGGAGAGACUAGGUCAUUGUAUUCAGAAGCAAGAAAAUGUAGUGAAUGAUAUCUUACAGAGGUUUGGGAAGAGUUCGAGCUAUAGGGUUAAUAAAUCAAAGUCCCAAGUCUUUUCUUCAUCGGCGGUGGAAACUAAAUUAGCAGAACAAAUAACAAGCAUUCUUGGCGUGGAGAGGAUUACAAAGCAUCUAAAUGGAUGGAAUGCUAGAUUGCUAUCACUUGCGAGACGUGUUACUUUAGCGAAGUCGGUGCUUUUGGUCAUCCCAUGUUACUUUAUACAAUCUGCCCUCCUUCCAAAAGGAGUGUGCAGAGAAAUGAAGAAGCUGAUUAGGAAGUUUAUAUGGGGUGUUCCGAACAACAAACGAAAAGAAUCGUUGAUUGGAUGGGACAAAGUCUACUUACCAACAAAUAAAGGAGGUCUUGGGUUUAGACACAUAAAUAGCCAGAAUAAAGCGUUCAUGCGGAAUUUGGGAAUAAAUCUCAUUAAUAAGGUGGAUGAUCUUUGGAUGAAAGUAUUGCGAACUAAAUAUAGGGUGGUGGAUCGAUUUUUGCAAGGUAUUUGUGUGAAUCAGAGUAGCUAUAUAUGGAGAUCUUUGAUGAGUGUGUGGGAAACUUUGAGGGAAAAUGUAACGUGGAGGGUUGGCGAUAGAUGUGAUGUGAAAUUCUGGACUGAUUCUUGGUUCAGAGGUUUGGGACCUCUUAUUAAUUAUUGCACAAAAGCACAACCAUCAUUCUCGGAUGUUUCGAUUUAUGGAAUGGUGACGAACGAUGGGGACUGGAAUUGGUAUUGUUUCUUAGGAGAGUUGUCGAUAGAUAUUAUCCACUUUUUUGUCGAAUCAAAGCCAAACCUGAACAUAGGUGUAGUUGCAUAUGGAAAGCUUCAAGUUCGAGCAACUUCACAAUGUCUAGGGGAUACCAAGCGCUUCAUCAAGAAUCAUGGUCGGAGGAAAAUGUCAAAUGGAAAAUGA